CUCUACGACAUGCCGGUCUCCAACAACGGUGCGAGGUGUCGGCUCAUCAUCUACGAGAAGGGCCUGUCCCCGGAGAGCGACGUCAUCAUCAAGAGCCCCAUGGACCUCGGGGGUCUCAAGUCCAAAGAGUACCUGGAGCUCAGCCCGCAAGGGAAGAUGCCCCUUCUCGUGUGCGAGGAUGGCGCGAUCCCAGAGAGCGACACGAUCAGCAGGUGGCUGCUAGACAAGUUCUCUGCGCAGAAGCCAUCCUUCGUCCCGUCGGCUUCUGCCGCACGUGUGAAGAGCGAUCUUAUCUGUCGCUUUCACGACAUGUACAUCACCACCAUUCAGAGCGCCAUGUACCGCGCGGCUCCUCCUUUUGGCCAAUUUAGCAGCAGGAGAGACGCGCUGCAGGAGCUCGCAAGGCAGCUUCAGACCAUCAACGGCUACGUGGACGACGAGGGCCCCUACAUUACCGGAAAGGAGAUCUCUCUUGCAGACGCGGCCGUGUUUCCCACCAUGGUGUUCGUGAUGCACAUGAUGCCCAAGUUC